AUCACUUCAACGGCGUAGAACAGUCAGGAGUAACGCCCUCUGACCCUGUGUUUGGUCACGGUAGACAUAUCUCCUUGGUGCGGUUUGCUAUCAAUGAUAGACUCGUCAUGUAGCUCGUCUUUGAAGACUACGAUGAACGAUUCGGUGCAAACAACCGAGCACACAGAGGAUCGGGUUGCUAGUCUAGAGGACAAGUCUGACAAGUUGACGGUCGAGGAGCUAGGGAAUGAAGGCGCGGACUCAGGUUCCAAGCAUUGGGACAUGGACAUUGACUUCAGAUCACCCGUAUACUUAAGCGACACCAGCCCGCGAUUCCCUCAAGAGCUGAUCGAGCUCAUCUGCGAAUGCCUCUGGGACGAACCGGUCCAGCUAGCGGUUAGCUGCAAGCGUGUUUGCCCCGCUUGGUAUCAUGCUGCCCGGCGGGUUCUGUCUGCACCAUGGAUCAGCUGGCAAACCCAAGAGGCUCUACAGGACCACGCGCAUACACUGAUAUCCCAUCGUAAUGCACCGUAUCGCACACAACUCACACAUUUGUCGAUCUACGACGACGCCAGAAAGCCGUUCGCGCACGUCUGGCCUAUGUUCGUCCCCGGAUGGAUGCUACCGGAAUUGAGCGUCGUGGGGCUCAGUGGCCUUGACUGGUCGACCAAGACACCGCACGACAGCUUCUUUAUCCACCUAUCAGCGUACACCAGCGUCUCGCAGCUAAGCAUAUCCGGCUGCAGGUUUCGCAGUCUAACGAAUCUUCGCAGGGUGAUCAAUGCCCUUCCCAACCUUACGUCGCUCAAUCUCUCCAACGUUACGUUACAGCACCCCCUCAGACGAGAUUCAGUGCCCAAGCACAUAACUCUCCGAACCCGUUCACACAAGCUCGUGGAUAUUUCUCUCAGCGGUCUCGCAAAGCAUUCUGACCUGUCCUCGGACUAUGCGGGAGCAACAGCCCUUGAUUACCCAGAUCUGCUGCAUAUGAUAGCGGCGAACUCUUCCACUGUCACGAAGCUCACAUUGGACCUGCGAUUCUUUGCUUCGCUCCCAAGUCUUCGGCGACUUUUGGCGCAUUUCUGCAGCCUGUCUACCUUCACAGCAACGUCCCAGUUCGCCUUGAGCCCCAUUCCGACGGUGCAGAAGACGCCUCCUGCAUGCACGGAGAACGCCUCCAUACACUCAUUGUCAAGCUUUACCCUGAUGGACGUCCCCGAUCGAUCCGCAUCGCAGCUUCUACAGCUACUUGCAACCCCUCUGCCAUGCCACAAGCUGGAGAUUCUCGACAUCAAUCUUGUGGACCGGCCGUCUUCCGCACUUCUAGCCUGUGCCAGCCAUGUGCUCCAACUGUCCGGACGUACGCUCAGGAAGCUCUCGUGGUGCAUCUCGGUGGCCCCAGAUCUCGAGGUCGUGCCGACUCUCGCAGGUAAUACAUCUCUGCGAGAGUUAGCCGUAGACCUUCGGGACGUUCCCCUAUCGCCACAGACGAUCCACAGUGCUCUCACGGCCGUGUUAUCAGACAUCACCAGCAUGGAUCUGCAGUACCUGAGGAUCAGGUUCACUGCACCCUACCUCGAGCUUCCCCCGAGUCAUGUAACACCAUUCACCAUACGAGACACUGCCGAGUCCAUCUCCACCUUUCACACCAUCCUCUCGCGCGAGACAUUCAAAGGGCUUCCGUUAUUCACCCUCAGCACGGGUGUAUCAAUCGAAGUGAAGAACAUACAGGACAAUCCCACCGCGGUAGCCACUAUCAAAGCCUACGUGGUCACUCUGUUUACGCCGUGGUUGGAUCGUGGAAUAGUGCUGUUGUGGUUCGGUUCUGAAUAUGUCUCCAAAGACUCAUUUUUGUUCCCACAACUGAGCUCACUGGAGACACAUCGAGCGGUCGUGGAGGCGAGAAGGUCGAAGAAAACAACAAACUUGUAGGAAAGCAGUAGAACGAGGUUCACGAGGGAUGGGAGAGAUAGAACUUGGCAUGCAGGGCGUCGGGUGGAUGUCAUUGGUCGCAGAGGACAGUGGUACGACCUUGUACUGAUCGCAGUCACAUCAUGAUAUUAUUGAACAUGUUUUGUCGAGGGCAAGGUGACCGCACAGUACAUAUCGCGACGUC